AUGGAUGCCCUUGUCGACCACAGCCUCCUGAGUAGGUGUGAACGUUUUUCGGAGACGUUAAGUCCAUGGACGUUGUUGGACCAGUAUGUGAGUGGAGCCGGCUUAUGGCUCAUCUCGGUUACCCAGGAGGAGAGGACCAGCGGGGGGGAAG